AUGACUAGCUAUAGCUUCAAGCAGAGAACAAGCUGUUCUAGCAGUAGUGGUGGUGGAGGUGGUGAUGGGAGCAGCGGUGGGAGAACUUGUGGUGGUGGAAGAAGGUCCUCUUUGGGCUCCUCUCAAAGAUGUACUUCCUCUGUGAGCAGCAACCAAGGAAGUUAUGGCGGAGGAAUAUCCAGCUGUAAUUCUGGAGGGGGGAUAUGCCACGGCGUAUCGGGUGGAUUUAGUUGUGGUAGUUUUGGUGGUGGCUUUGGAGGAGGCGGUUUCGGUGGGGAAGAUGCUGGACUGCUCUCCGGCAAUGAGAAGUAUACCAUGCAGAACCUCAACGACCGCUUGGCCUCUUAUAUGGAUAAGGUGCGAGGCUUGGAAGCAGAAAACAAUGAGUAUGAGAAUUUAAUCAGAGAGUGGUACCAGAAGCAUGGUCAGAGUACUUCGCCAAAGGACUACAGUUGUUAUUACAGCGAGAUUGACAAGCUCACUGAGGAGCUGAUCUAUGAGUCACACCAGACAAACAAGGUCAUGUUGGACAUCGAUAACACAAAGAUGGCAAUUGAGGACUUCAAGAUGAAAUAUGAGACUGAAUGUGGCCUGCGUCAAAGUGUGGAGGCUGAUCUUCAUGGAUUACGUCCACUUUUGGAUAAACUGACAUUGGAUAAAUCUGACUUGGAAAUGCAAUAUGAGUCUUUUCAGGAGGAGCUAAUACAUCUCAAGAAGAACCUUGAAGAGAUACAGCAAAGCCCACAAUCGCAGUCUGGUGGGGACGUCACUGUGGAGGUCAAUUCAAAUGCUGGCCCAGAUUUGAAAAAACAACUGGAUGAGAUGAGGUGUGAAUAUGAACAGAUAAUUGCAGACAACCGCAGGGAAGUUGAAGAAUGGUAUGAAAGCAAGAUGGAAGAGGUGCGCCAGCAAGUGAAUUCGAGCUGCCAGGAGAUUGACAGCAGCCAGAAGCAAGCUGCAGACCUCAGGCGGGAAUAUCAAAACCUGGAGAUUGAGCUGCAGUCCCAUCUGAGCAUGCUCCAGUCUCUGCAAAACAACUUGAAUGACGUGGAAGAUCGUUACAGCAUGCUUUUGCAGAAAAUAGCGAGCCAGAUUGACCCAGUGGAAGAAGAGCUGGUGGGCAUCAAGUGCGAGAUCCAGCAGCAGAACCAGGAGUAUCAGACGCUUCUGGGCAUUAAGGGCCGUCUGGAGCAGGAGAUCUGCCAGUACCACCAGCUGCUUGAGGAAGGGAAGCACCUCACGAAAGGCCGCAGCCGGCUUAGCAGCCAAAGCUGGUGGAGAGCGGUCCUGGCCACCGCUGCCGCCUGCUCGUUCAACAGGAAACCUGACUCCAAGAGUGUUCCCAAGCUAUGA